ACUUGCACGAGUCAUGCCGUCCGCUGCUGGAAACUGUCGUAAAAUAACAUCACAGCGCUUAUUCUUUUUAUUCCCAUAAAUUCCCUGUCCGUAACAAAAUAAUGUAAAACGUUGGACGCUGUCUCUAAUGAAAGGAGCUUUUGAAAAAUACUUCCGACAUCAAUAAUAAUAAUCUUUUUCCACCAACUUUUACUAUAAAUAGACAGUAUAUUUUCCGAAACAACUUUAAGAUAGAAAAUGAUCUACAAUAAAUCAGGGAACUGUCGAACAGUUUAUUCUUGACGAUCAGACCUUUGCGCAGAUCUACAAGAGUGAGGCAAUUUGUAUCCCCACUAAACCCGGUUAAGGUUUCAGGACUGUUUAGGAUGACUUCAGUGAUCUCUACGGGUGAUAUCAGGAAAUGCAACAGGUGAAAAACUAUUCGUUUUCGCAAUGCGCUGUCGUCGUUCCCGGUGAGUUUGCAACACUCUAACACGCAAACUAGCCAAGGAAGGUGCACUUCUGGAAGACAACUCUGCCUGCAUUUGGGAAGUUCGAGGAAGGGAGAAAUAAUAAUUAUUCUCACGCAACAGAAAACCUACUGCCAUGGACGACAACUUGAGUAACUCCAACGUAAAGGUCGCUGUUCGCCUCCGACCAAUGAACAGAAGAGAAAAGGAUCUGAAGACUAAAUGUGUGGUGGAGAUGAACGGGAACCAGACAGUGUUGAAUCCAGCUAGUCAGAACCUGAGCAAGGGAGACCCCAGGAAUCAGCCUAAGGUCUUUGCUUAUGACUACUGUUUCUGGUCCAUGGAUGAGGCCGACACAGACAAGUUUGCAGGUCAAGAGGUCGUGUUCCAGUGCCUUGGAGAAAGUCUUCUGGACAAUGCCUUCUUGGGCUAUAAUGCCUGUAUCUUCGCUUAUGGACAGACAGGCUCAGGGAAGUCGUACACCAUGAUGGGUUCGUCAGAGCAGCCAGGUCUGAUUCCGCGGCUGUGCAGCUCUCUGUUUGACCGGAUCCUACAGGAACAGAGGGAGGGAGAGAGCUUCACUGUAGAGGUCUCCUUUAUGGAGAUCUACAACGAGAAGGUUCGGGAUCUACUGGAUCCCAAAGGAAGUCGUCAGGCCCUGCGAGUGAGAGAACACAAGGUGUUCGGGCCUUACGUUGAUGGUCUGUCCCGUCUGGCUGUAGCCUGCUAUAAGGACAUAGAGUGUCUGAUGUCAGAGGGUAACAAGUCUCGUACAGUAGCAGCCACGAAUAUGAACGAGGAGAGCAGCAGGUCCCACGCCGUCUUCAACAUCAUCCUCACACACACUCUAAUGGACCUGGGUUCUGGGACGAGUGGUGAGAAGGUCAGUAAGCUGAGUCUGGUGGAUCUGGCCGGCAGUGAGAGAGCUGCUAAGACUGGAGCUACUGGAGAGAGAAUGAAGGAAGGAAGCAACAUCAACAAGUCUCUGAGCACGCUGGGCCUGGUGAUCUCAGCGCUGGCAGACCAAGGAGCAGGGAAGAACAAGACCAAGUUUGUUCCCUACAGAGACUCAGUUCUGACCUGGCUACUCAAGGACAGUCUGGGUGGUAACAGUAGGACUGCCAUGGUGGCCACGGUGAGUCCAGCAGGUGAUAACUACGACGAGACGUUGUCCACGCUGCGCUACGCAGACCGGGCUAAGAGCAUCGUCAACCACGCCGUCGUCAACGAAGACCCCAACGCACGCAUCAUCAGAGAGCUACGGGAGGAGGUGGAGAAACUACGAGACCAGCUCACUGAGGCGGAGUCCAUGAAGGCUCCAGAUCUGAAGGACAGGCUGGAGGAAUCGGAGAAGCUGAUCCAGGAGAUGACUGUUACCUGGGAGCAGAAAUUACGCAAGACUGAGGCAGUCGCUCAGGAGCGUCAGAAACAGUUGGAGUCUCUAGGCAUCUCUCUCCAGUCGUCUGGUAUCAGAGUGGUAGAUGACAAGUGUUUCCUUGUCAACCUCAACGCUGACCCUGCCCUCAACGAACUGCUGGUCUACUACCUAAAGGAGCACACGCGUGUUGGCUCUGCUGACUCUCAGGAUAUCCAGCUGUGUGGUAUGGCCAUCCACCCUGAACACUGUGUCAUCAACAUCACCGCUGAGACUGGAGUGGUGCUCACACCACACCGCACCGCACGUACGUGUGUGAAUGGCUCUUCAGUCACCAACCCAGUCCAGCUUCACCAUGGAGACCGCAUCCUGUGGGGAAACAACCACUUCUUCAGGAUCAACCUGCCCAGACACCUGGCCCAUGCGGGGGGUGAGGAUGAGGAGGGUGGUGUGAUGAAGAGUUUCCUCAGUACUGACCAGUUGGAGGUGGACUUUGAUACGGCCAGUGACGUCUCCAGCGAGGUCAGCUUCGGAUACGAUUUCGCCCAGACAGAGGUCAUGAUGAAAGGCAUGGGCAACAACGACCCCAUGCAGUCUGUCCUCCAGACGUUGGAGCGACAGCACGAGGAGGAGAAGAGGACGGCUCUGGAGCGACAGAGACAGAUGUACGAGCAGGAGCUGCAGCAGCUGAGGAAGAGGCUCCCUCCUGCAGAGAAACACACCCUGCUGCCUGCAGACCUGGAGCCAGCCGGUCCCUCGGCAGCAUCGCUCGCAUCAUCACCCUGCGCCCAGACACGCAUGCGCCGCUGGAGCGAGGACAGAGAGGCCAUGAUGACGCGUAGCCUGCGAAGGCUGAGACAACAGAUCGUCAGAGCUAACCUGCUGGUGCAGGAGGCUGGCUUCAUAGCUGAGGAACUCAACAAGAGGACGGAGUACCUGGUCACACUGCAAAUACCUGCUGCUAACCUCAAUGCCAACAGAAAGCGUGAUGCGGUGCUGAGUGAGCCCGCGGUGCAGGUGAGGCGUAAGGGGAAAGGAAAACAGAUCUGGGCUCUGGAGAAGAUGGAGAACAGACUGGUGGACAUGAGAGAACUGUACCAGGAGUGGAAGGACUAUGACGAAGACAACCCUGUGAUGCGUUCUUACUUCAAGCGUGCCGACCCGUUCUUCGACGAGCAGGAGAACCACAGUCUGAUAGGAGUGGCCAACGUGUUUCUGGCCUGUCUCUUCUACGACGUCAAGCUGCAGUACGCUGUACCCAUCAUCAACCAGAAGGGAGAGGUGGCAGGGCGUCUCCAUGUAGAGGUGUGGCGGGGAAGCGAGGGGCUGGAGGAGACUACUGCAGAUGGAGAGACUCGCAAAAUGGAGUGUGUGGUGAGGAUCCUGCAGGCUACAGGUCUUCCCCGUCACCUGGGUAACUUUGUGUUCUGCCAGUACCACUUCUGGGGGCAGGACGAGCCUGAGUUCAUCGCCCCGGAGAUGGAGCCCUCACCUCCGUCAGCCAUCAGCAAAGAGCCCCUCUGCACCGUGCUGUUUGACAGUAGCAAGGAGAUGGAGGUGUGUGUGUCCGAGGAGUUUGUGGAGUUUGUGGCGGAGGGGGCAGUGGCCAUCGAGGUAUUUGGACAUAAGCAGGUCAACCACCGCAGGAACCUGGCUCUCUGGGAUCUGGGAGUCAUUCAGGCCAAGACACGAACCCUCAGAGAGAGGUGGAGUGAGGUGACUCGUAGAUUAGAGCUGUGGGUUCAGGUGUUGGAGCUGAAUGACGCAGGAGAGUUCACCCCUGUGGAGGUCCUACCACCCAAGGACGUGGGCACUGGGGGCAUCUUCCAGCUCAGACAGGGCCAGUCUCGUCGUGUUCAGGUGGAGGUCCGGUCCGUACAGGACUCGGGCACCAUGCCUCUCAUUGCCACAAAAAUCCUCUCUGUUUCCAUCGGCAACGUGGAGGUUCGACAGGCCCGCCCUUUGGAUGAGGACAUGGACAGCUAUCAGGAAGUUGAUCUGGAGAGGUUGAGGGAACAGUGGCUGACCACCCUCACUACAAGACAAGAGUACCUGGACCAGCACCUGCAGAAGAUGGUCCAAAAGCCCGAUAAGUCAGAGGAUGACGUGGAGAGGGAGGCUCAGCUGUUAGAAUGUCGUCUGACCCUGACAGAGGAACGUAACGCUGUCCUGUUACCUUCGGCUGGUAGCGGGAUCCCUGGAGCCCCCGCUGAGAGAGUUCCUGUUCCUGGGAUGGAGACUCACAUUCCUGUCCUCUUCCUGGACCUUAGUGCUGAUGAUUUCCAGGACAACCUGUCUGCUCCGCUGGCUGGAGGUCUGGACGCCAUGCUGAACCAUGAGGAUGAGGAUGAGUUCUUCGACCUGCACAUCGUCAAACAUUCCGAUGGAGAGGUUGGUGCGGAGGCGGCGUGGGACUCUACGGUACAUGACUGCCCCCAGUUGAGUCGCAGCGCGUCGGCUGACCUCCGAGUGUACCUGACAGUCAUGGUCGUAGUUCAGCUCUCACACCCUGCUAACAUGCAGCUGGUCCUCAGAAAACGCAUCUGUGUCAACCUAGCUGGAAGACAGGGUUGGGGUCAGAGUCUGAUGAAGAAGAUGUCUCAUCGCAGCACCAUUCCUGGCUGUGGAGUCACCUUGGAGAUCGUCUCCAACAUACCUGGGGAUGUCCAGGGUCCAGAGGACAGAGAGAUGCUGGCCAGACUAGCCGCCAGUGUGGAUGUUCAGGAUGUCCAGUCAGGGGACAGUGAGGCUGCCAUAGAGAAGUACCUCCGCAGUGUCCUGGCUGUGGAGAAUAUACUCACCCUGGACCGACUACGACAGGAAGUUGCAGUGAAGGAGCGGUUGUCUGUCAAGACCAAGUCUCCCAGACGUGCUCUCAGCUCUCCUAAUGUGAACCGGCUGUCAGGAUCCUGGAGCAGACAGGACCUGUCCACCAAUCACAGGCUACAUGGCAACAAGGGCUGGUCCGAGAGUCACCAGGACCUGUCAGUUGUUCCUCUCCCGUCCCACUCCAGACGUACCCUCUCUGGCUCCACUCUACCUCUGGCUCAGAACAUCCUCCCUGACACUGGCCUCUCACUGCGUGCUCGUGCUACCUAUUAUUUCUCCCCAGUCAAGGCUCUGGUCCCUCCUGUCCCCAAACUGCUCAAGUCCCUGUUCUCCGCCAGGGAGGAGAAGAGAGACCUGACUCCUGUCCCCCAGCAGCCUGUUCCUCGGAGCCUGCCUUUCAUCAGAGUGCAGUCACCAAGUGUUGAAGAGGACUUGGAUACCACACUUGGUCGUCACUUGGUUCCCAUUGGAGAAAUCAUCCCCCCAGAGAGCCAAACAGAGGCCCCAAAAACCAUGCCCCUCCCACCACCCAUCAUCCCUGAGAUGGAAGAGCCCGCCCCCAGCCCGGUCAGCGAGGCGUCUACCAGCGUCUCCACGGCAACCCAGUCAGAGCCCUACCUGAUUGGUGGGGACGUCACUCCGUCAGCCAAUCUCAGGCCAGAUGGCUUUGAGGCGAUGCACAGGUCAUUCGAGGCAGACAUCGGUCGGUACCUUCAUCAUGACUGUAACAUGGCCGACCAGGAGGAAGAGGAGGAGACUCCUCAGAUACCCCAGGCCACUGCUACUGACCUGGAGGCUUCGGAGACCGAGAGGACUGACACUAGUACACCCCAGACAGACAGGACUGAUACUAGUACACUCCAGACAGACAGGACUGAUACUAGUACAUCCCAGACAGACAGGACUGAUACUAGUACAUCCCAGGCAGACAGGACUGACACUAGCACAUCCCAGUCAGACAGGACUGAUACUAGCACAUCCCAGUCAGACAGGACUGAUACUAGUACAUCCCAGGCAGACGGGACUGACACUAGCACAUCCCAGUUAGACAGGACUGAUACUAGUAUAUCCCAGGCAGACAGGACUGAUACUAGCACAUCCCAGGCAGACAGGACUGAUACUAGUACAUCCCAGUCAGACAGGACUGAUAAUAGUACAUCCCAGUCAGACAAGACUGAUACUAGUACACCCCAGACAGACAGGACUGAUACUAGUAUACCCCAGACAGACAGGACUGACACUAGUACAUCCCAGUCAGACAGGACUGAUACUAGCACACCCCAGGCAGACAGGACUGAUACUAGCACACCCCAGGCAGACAGGACAGACACUAGUACAUCCCAGGCAGACAGGACUGAUACUAGCACACCUCAGGCAGACAGGACUGAUAAACUCAGAGCAGAAUCUCAUCUCCCAUUAGAACCACACGGCACCUCAGGAGAACCUGAACACAGUACUCCAUCAGAGUCACUGACACAGUCCAUGCCAGACAAGUCUACACAAGUCCACUACAGACUACUACCAUCUGUAGUGUCAGAACAAUCAGUCCAGUCAGAGUCACUGACACAGUCCACACCAGAUAAAUCUACACAUGAACUGUCUAUAGUGUCACAUCAGUCUGAAACACCAGUCCACAUAGAAGAACCAGUCCACAUAGAAGAACCAAUGGAGUCCGAGAUACCUCAGGAACAACCAGAGACGGAGGUAAUGUUGUCAUCGUCACGGGGCCAGACAGAACAACAUGUCGGCAAGUCUGUAACGGAUCUUCCAGAAUCAGAACAGUCUGCAUUUGAUCGACCAGAACCACCAGUAGAAUCGGCACCAGGUCUUAAAGAGUCUCCACCACUGGAUCAGUCUCCACCAGCACCAGCCCUGCCACAAGAAUCAGAUCAAGCAGCCACAGAACAGACAGGACUGGGUGAAUCAGCUGGUUCAGAACCAGUACUAGGCCAAACAGGUCAACCAGUAGAAGCAGGUCCAGACCAGUCCCAGCCUCCAUCAGAGCUACCAGAAGAACUAGACCAGCGGGCACCGGCAGCCCAGUCUGAACCUGCACCUACCCCUGUAGAGCCUCCAGUUGACGAGCCUGCACCUAGCCAACAAGUCAAAGCACCAGCCCCAAUCCCAGCACCAACCCAAUCUGUAGCUCCGGGACCUGCCCAUCCAGCUCCGACCUCAACACCAACCCCUGCCCCAGCCCCUACACCUACCCAUCCAGCUCCGACCUCAACACCAACCCCUGCCCCAGCCCCUACACCUGCCCAUCCAGCUCCGACCUCAACACCAACCCCUGCCCCAGCCCCUACACCUACCCAUCCAGCUCCGACCUCAACACCAACCCCUGCCCCAGCCCCUACACCUGCCCAUCCAGCUCCGACCUCAACACCAACCCCUGCCCCAGCCAAAGCCCCUCUUCUAACCCUAAACCCUGUCCCAGCACUAGUCGUCAAAACUCUCACUUCCAGUAGCACAUCAGCCAACGCAUUCAAGAUCCAGAAAGUAAAGACAUCCGACCUGAAGUCCUUCCAACCUAUCCUAGAUGAGGAUGAAGGCCAGGCAGGGGCAGAAAGAGCUGGGGCCAGUAGUCUGGGUGUUGACCUCUCUGUUCCUCUGGAGAGACUGGAGAUCCUCUCCGACUCAGACGAAGGAGUCACAGACGUAACCACAGCCGUGCCUGACUGGCUGAAGGAGGGGGAGUUUGUGACUGUAGGAAGUCAUAAAAGUGGUAUGGUGAGCUACGUGGGACCUACAGACUUUGCAGAGGGAACCUGGGUUGGAGUGGAGUUAGAUUUACCUGCAGGGAAAAACGACGGGUCCGUGGGUGGAAAGCACUACUUCCACUGUAACCCUGGUUACGGUGUGUUGGUGCGUCCUGAUAGGGUGAGCCGUGGAGGAGUCGGGGGCGGGGCUAAGCAGAAGCGGCGACAGCAGCAGAAGCGUCGCAGUGCUAACCUAUCAGGGUCCAGCCCUAACCUGGCUGCCCUCACUGCCCUGGCCAAGGGAGAGGGGACUGGGGCCAGUCGCAAGGGACAGAACCGCAAGUCCUGGAACAGCUAAGAGGAGAGGGUAGCGGGGUUGGGGUCAAAUUCCAUUUUUUCUCAAUGCUUCUCUAUGAGAGAAAUGAACUGAUUUGAAAUGGUAUUGAGCCCAACCCUGAAGGGUUGAACCAUAGGGAGAAGAGAGAUCUACAUACACUGAACAAAAAAUUUAAACACAACAAUUUCAAAGAUGUUUACACUUCUUAUAAUGAAAUCAGUCAAUUGAAGUGAAUUCAUUAGGUUCUUAAUCUAUGGAUUUCACAUGACUGGGAAUACAGUUAUGCAUCUGAUGGUCAGAUACCUUAAAAACAGUUUCAAAAUAAGUAGUGGUGUGGAUCAGAAAACCAGUCAACCAGCAGCGUAACACCUUGCACCCCACUGCUGGCUGACCUGUGAAGUCCUGGUCAGUCCCUGGAUGGGAGACCAGAUGCUACUGCAAGUGGUAUUGGGGGGCCAGUAGGAGGCACUCUUUCCUCUGGUCUAAAAAAAAUCCCAAUACAAGAGGGCAGUGAUUGGACACUGCUCUGUGUAGGGUGCCUUCUUUCGGAUGGGACGUUAAACGGGUGGAAGUCCUGGGCUGGCGUGGUUACACGUGGUCUGUGGUUGUGAGGCCGGUUGGACGUACUGCCAAAUUCUCUGAAAUGGCGUUGGAGACGGCUUAUGGUAGAGAAAUUAACACUCAAUUAUCUGGCAACAGCUCUGGUGGACCUUCCUGCAGUCAGCAUGCCAAUUGCACGCUCCUUCAACGUGAGACAUCUGUGGCAUUGUGUUGUGUGACGAAACUGCACAUUUUAGAGUGGCCUUUUAUUGUCCCCAGCACAAGGUGCACCUCUGUAAUGUACAUGCUGUUUAAUCAGCUUCUUGAUAUUCCACACCUGUCAGGUGGAUGGAUUAUCUUAGGAAAGGAUAAAUACUCACUAGCAGGAAUGUAAACAAAUUUGCACAAAAUUUCAGAGACUGGGUUCUUUUUAUUUCAACUUAUGAAACAUGGGACCGACACUUUACAUGUUGAUUUUAUAUUUUUGUUCAGUGCAGAAGUUCUGUCUCACUACUCCUGUACAAAGGUACCAGGGUCGGGUUAAAUUCAGUCAAUUCAGAAAGGACACUGAAAUUCCGAAUUAGAAUUUCGGUGUCCUUCCGGAAUUAAACUGGAAUUGAUCCCAACCCUGUUCGGUAGAGGUGCAGCUGAAAACCACAGGGACAUUUCAAGAGAUAAGAGAUGCACAUCUUGCUCAUUUUUAAAAGUCUAGCCACCGAUGGACAGAUAAGAGGAGAGGCCCAGUUUAUGAUGCUGCAUCAAUAUGCAAGUCCAUGUAUCCAGGCUUACAUUAUGUUAUUUCUGUUAGGUUUUUCUCUUUGCCUUACAAAGUCGUAUAGGGUCUCUCAGGUUCUCAUUAAAAUAACGAAUGUGGUUAAGUAAUGUCAUGACAUGUGCUUUCGGAAGCUUUGUUCACACUGCAGCUCUUAAUGCUCAAAUCAAUACUGACUGCAUUGUGUUACGUCCCUGCUACGCUCGUCCCUCGAUCUCAGUGCACACACCCGUCGUGCUAUACACAUGUCUCGAAUCGGAUGUGUGUUUUCAGACUGUUGUGAUUGGCUGACAUGGCUGCUCUGGUUGUCAAGGUAAUGUCAAGCGUGCGUGCGUUGCUGUAGGCUGAUUGGUGGUGGUGCUCGUGUUUCCUCUCACUCAGAAAGCUGUUGUGCAGCAAGCUAAGUUGACUGACAACAAUGCCUGCUAUGGAAGUCUCCCAGUUGUUUUGCUCAAAAUCAUCAUUGUGUGAGAACACUUACAAAGCCUCAAAGGAUAAGAUGAUCCACCUUCUCAAAACGAGUCGUUUUUGUCUGGCCACAGCGGUCAACCUAGGUAGCUGUUUAGUUUGUUGGCACAUAGUCAUUUGUUUGUAAACAAUUUAACAAGCUACUUAGCUACCACAAGUUUUUGUUGAAACUGUCAACAGAGUAGCAAGCAACAAGAUGUGCCACAUAAGUCUUAAAAACCACUUGAAGGAAAAUAAAUUAGAUUUGACUGUUCAGACAUAAGUCAUUGGCAGGAAUUCGAUUUUGUAUCUGAUUUCAAUUCACCUCGAAAUAUCUGAUUCCAUGCUUUUUAGGCGUUCCGACUGCAGGAAAGAAAAAAACAGAUUAAAAUCGGAUAUGCCUUUUAAAAAUUAAAAAAAGUGGAUUUGAGUCACUUCAAACUGCUAGUGUGAACAAGGCUUUAGUGGGUAUCAUUGUAUUGGAGUAUAGGGAUCAACCCCAAAUACGUGAUGUGAUGCCCAAUGGGUUGCUCUAACUAACAAGUAGUGCACCACCCAGUGGGGAAUAUGUGUACUGACAUUACCACAGUAGAACAGUAUGGCCCUUUUUUUUGUUAUGAGAUUCUGUUUUUUUUCUAAGGGGAAAUAUACUGUAUAUUUGAACUUCUGAACAAGUUUGUACUCUGUCCAUUUUGUAAUAAUACUACUGAAACUCUGCUAGGUUUUAUCAUUCUGUGUAUCUGUUUGGUAAAAGUGUGAUUUGGGGAUAAUAUUGGGAGGGGAAGAAUGCAGACCUGGGAGAAUCAGAAUGAAGUCAAUGGAUGAAGAGCUCUGCAAUGGUUUAGACAUUGGACACCGGGCUUGUUUUUUUAAAUUAUAUGUUUGAAAAUGUUUUUAUACUUGUGCUAUUCAAUCUGAUCUGACUAUGAAUGUUUUAAGACUGACAAUUAAAAAGAUGUACUAUAGAGGAAGAGACAAAUCUACAUGAUUUUGUUUUAUAUCAAUAUGGUGUUACAAUAAACUUCACUGUGGAUACAUCUGUACCAAG